AUGAUACGCAUGCUCAAGGAGAGAACAUCAAUGCAUCGGUCCUCGAUCAAGAAGGCAAUGCUAAAAAUGGAACCAAGCACUCCUCCGGUAGCUAAACACUUUGCUUUGAGUGGACAUACUGUGAAAGAUUUCAAAUGCAUACCUCUGGACCAUGUUCCGCCUUUGAGGAGAGGAGGUGAUAGAGGAAAACAGCAUGUGAUGUAUACAGGUGAAGCGUCUUUAGUAAAGGUUAUCAACGGUGGAUAUGAAGAUAUUGUGAUUGCAAUUAAUCCAGAAGUGAAGGAGGAUAUCAGAAUUAUUGAAAAUAUACAGAAUAUGGUAAAAGAAGCAACAAAUUAUUUAUUUCUGGCAACCAGGAAAAGACUUUUCAUAAAAAGCGUUAAAAUCCUUCUGCCAUCUACUUGGACACAAGUAAAUAAUUAUACAAAGCCAACAACAGAAACGUAUGGCACGGCAGACAUAAUUAUUGCUAACCCCUACCUGCAAUAUGGAGAUGACCCUUACACGUUACAGUAUGGACUUUGUGGAGAACCAGGAAGAUACAUUCAUUUGACACCCAAUUUCUUACUGGAUGACAAUCUACUCUCAGUGUAUGGACCUAGAGGAAGAGUAUUUGUCCAUGAAUGGGCUCACCUUCGUUGGGGGGUGUAUGAUGAAUACAAUGAUGACAAACCUUACUAUUUUGCAGAAAACCAAAAAAUAGAAGCCACAAGGUGUUCUGUGGAUAUCUUUGGGAUCAACAUAAUCCGAACAGGUCAAUGCUAUGGAGUGGACUGUCCAACACAAGCUUGCAGCUUUGAUCCGAACACUGGCCUUUAUGAAGAGGGCUGUGUAUUUUUGCAUGACAAAUUCCAGUUUGUCCACAGUUCUAUAAUGCAUUCACAGGCGCAGUCCCUGAUAACUGAAUUUUGUGAUUCCAGUAACCAUAACACAGAAGCACCAAAUCUCCAGAACAGAAUGUGUAACUUUCGCAGUACGUGGGAUGUUAUCAUGAACUCCACUGAUAUAAGCUCAACUCCACCGAGAACUGACACCAAUAUUACUGCCCCCACAUUUUCACUAUCGCAGUACAGGGACAGAGUGAUCACUCUUGUAAUUGAUGUGUCUGGAAGCAUGUCUCUGAAUGACCGUAUAGAACGACUACACCAGGCGGUUGACAUUCUCCUUACAGAGGUCGUUGAAACCUCAGCUUAUGUUGGGAUUGUCCAAUUCUCAAGUUCUGCAUCAGUCAUUUCUUCACUGGAGAGAAUCAAUGAGCUGCAACACGAGAAGCUGAAAUCGCUGGUUCCAAAUUCAGCAACGGAGGAAGGGACAAACAUCUGCUCUGGAAUUCUCGCUGCACUUGAGGUGAACAGACGUCUUGAUGGUUCAGCAUCUGGGACUGAAAUAGUGUUAUUGACAGAUGGAGAAGACAAUUAUGAUACAAGACUUUGUUUCCCUAACAUAAUAGCAAGUGGUGCAAUUAUACAUGUUAUAGCACUUGGGCCAUAUGCAGAAAAAGAACUUGAAAGCAUUGCAGAAAUGACUGGAGGACUCCAGUUUGCUGCAUCAGAUAAUCGGAAUUCUAAUGGCUUGAUUGAUGCCUUCAGUGGGAUUAUUUCUGCAGAUGAGAAUGUUUCACAACAGACGAUCCAGCUAGAAAGCAAGGGUGAAACUCUUCAACCAACAGCAUGUUUGAAUGGUGCAGUUUUCAUCGACGGCUCAGUGGGGAAUGACACAUUUUUCCUAAUCACGUGGCAAACUGCGGUACCAAGUAUUAAUGUACAAGAUCCAAAGGGAAAUACAUAUGAUGCUUUGCAAUUCACUACUGAUGUAACUUCUAAAUUAUCGAGACUUCAAAUCCCAGGAACAGCAGAGAGAGGCCGCUGGGAUUACAGCUUUUGCAAUUCAUUUACAUCAUACCAAGUCAUAGGUAUAACCGUGACUACCAAAGCCGCAGAUGAAAAUGUACCACCAAUUAUUGCAAGCUGCCACAUGAAUACCAUGACAAAUAAUUACCCAGACCCUAUGGUUAUCUAUGCAUCUGUAAGCCAGGGCCUUCUCCCUGUGACAGGAGUGAAAGUGGUGGCCAUCAUCGAACCAGAGAGUGGGAACUCUGUGUCUGUAGAUCUUUUAGACAACGGAGCAGGCGCUGACAUUGCCAAGGAUGACGGAAUCUACUCAAGAUAUUUCACUACUUUCAGUACCAAUGGAAGAUACAGCUUAAAAGUACGAGCUAUAAGUGAAGAUAAGAAAAGUCGACUCACAUUGCCCAAGAGUCGUGUUUUCUACAUACCUGGCUUUGUUGAUAAUGGUAAAAUAACUUUAAAUCCUCCAAGACCCACUGUUAAUGAUGAUGAUCUUCAGAUUAAUUUUGGAGCAUUUAGUAGGACAGCCCCUGGCGGCUCGUUCCUGGUAUCCAAUGUACCUUCUGGCGAGCAACCGGAUAUCCUGCAACCUGAGAAAAUAUCUGACUUGGAAGCAAGACUAGUAAAUUACAGGACUGUGUUGUCUUGGACAGCAACUGGUGAUGAUCUGGACCAAGGACAAGCUUCAAGAUAUGAACUAAGAAUGAACACUGAUAUAAAGAAAAUAAAACACAGCUUUGACUCUAGCACACUGGUUAACACUGAUAACCUCAUCCCUCAGCCAGCUGGAUCCAGGGAAACCUUCACAUUCGCACCUCAGAAUAUGAAUAUACAAAAUGGCACGCUCCUGUAUUUUGCCAUAAUUGCUAUUGACAAAGUUUCUCUGAAAUCAGAUAUGUCGAAUAUUGCACACGUCGCUUUCUAUAAUGUUCCACUGCUACCUACUACUAGUGCACCCACCACUACUUCUUUAUCUACUACACUGACCACUACUUCUUUAUCUACUAAACUGACCAUGCCUGCUGGAAAUGCAUCCUCCAACGACUCUGGUGGACUGAACUCUUUAGCAAUAACUCUGAUAAUAUGUUCCGCAGCAGUUCUAGUUUGUUUAAUUGUAUGUAUUAUUAUUUGUAUUACCUGCCAAAAGAAGAAAGUAUGUUGUUAAUAGAUUUGAGAAACACAGUGGUUGUAAACUUGUGCAUGAUCUGCUAAUAACUAAUUAUUUGUGCAUCCUCACCAGAAGCGCUCACAGCUUCAGGGGCAUAAACCUGUGGCGGCCAUCCCUGAUCAGGUGGCAAAGCUCUUUCUGGACACUGCAUUAGAUGACAAAUGAACUCCUUACAGUGUUCUCUGUCUACCAAUGAACACAUUCAAAUUUGAGGCAUUCGCAAAUUGUCUGUUUUACCAUCACAAAAAUGAAAUUCCAUGAGUGUCUGCAGAAGCAGCCAUUGACAAGCACAAAGUUAGCGCGUGAUGUCACAAAAGAAGAUAUCAAAGUAUUUUGCAAACCCCAUUUGUUGUUCUUGGUGUUUCAGUUAACUCCAAUUGUCUAUCUGUGUUGAUUGUAUAUUUAUUGCUUGCCAUUUGAAAAGCGCCAAUGGUGUGUGUUGUUGCUGCCAAUGAAAAUACAACUUCUCAUGCAUCCUA